UUCGCGUGUAAGAACAGACACCAAGUUGUUUCAUAGUAUGAGCAAUGAAAUAUUCGGUUCUACUCAAGUUGUAUUUAUUCGUGUUACAAAUUUGGGCGGCAGAAGCACAAGACAAUGAUUAUAAUGUUCAAGAAUUCAGUACCUACAAAUGCCACUGUGGGGGACAAUGUCCUAGAGAGGAUGGACGGUGUCCAGCAGAUGCGCAGUGUGACAAAGGAUGGUUCGGAUUAAGAUGCCAAUAUGAAGAUUUGCUCAACACUUUGGAUGCAAAAAUUACUACACAGCCCAAGAGACUCAACGUUGACUGCCUGUCCGAUGGAAAUGAUAAAACAUGCAACGACAACACUAACCUUAAAUCAAUCACAGUAAAAUGGUUGGAUCAAAUAUCAAUACCUCUAACCUUCUUAAGGAUAGUUGUUUCUGACCCAGAGUUCCUAUCUACACUUGAAUUUCGACUUGUGGAAGAAGGUGACACUGACAUAACACCAUGUCACCGACCUGUAUACACACUUCAAGGGAACAACACAAUGGACAUAAGAUGUCAAGAUAAUAUCAGAAUCACAUCUUUAGUUUUAUUUGGCAAUCUAAGUUUUUUAUGUUCUGUGUAUAUUAGCGGCGGAAGGAAUGUCGCUUAUAGACAAUCUGCAUUGCAAACGUCCAACUAUACUUCGCUUUAUGAAGCCGCCCUUGCAGUUGAUGGAAACACAGACUCUAAAUUAGAACACAACAGCUGUAGUCAUACAAAUGAGGAGACGUCCCCAAAGUGGAGCUUGACUUUACAGAGUAACUACGUCAUUAACAGAGUAGUUCUCUAUAACAGAGAUAACUUUAAUUUGGUACGCCUCCAAGGAUUUGUUAUUCAAACCUUCGAUAGCAAUCGAAAUGUUAUAGAAGUGUUCAAAGACAAAACUCUGGUUCCUCAGAGAAUAUACCAGGUCAAUCUAAAGGGUAAUGUCGACCAUCCAGUGAACUUGCUGUCCAUAAGUCUGGAAGGACGAGAUAAAAUACUAACUCUAUGUGAAGUAGAAACUUACGGAGAAUGUCCAUCAGGUUUUUGGAGUCUGCCCUGUAACAAACGUUGUCCGACGUCAUGCCCUGAUGACUGUGAUAGAGACACUGGAGCAUGCAACAUUGUUGUUAUCGGACGCAGCAAUCCACAGCAGUGUGAUGCAGCCUGCAGCAAUGGACGUUAUGGAAUAAAUUGUCGCAAUGAUUGCAGUAACGAAUGCAUUGAAGGCAUAUGUGACGUUAGGACUGGACUCUGCGAUCAGGAAUGUAACUGUUACAAUGAUCCGCCAUACUGUAAAACUGAUGUAUACAAAUUCAAUCUAGAACUUGUCAGUUUCGGAAUUGGAUGCGCAGCUUGUGGGGGACUUUGCAUUCUUGUGAUCUUAGCCUUGGUACUGAGUAAGACUAUCGUUUGCCAAUGUAAACAAAGGUCAAGGCUAGAGCCUGAAUUGCUUUUUGGAAAAGAAAGAAAUCAUUAUAAUGAACAUAAAGAAACAUCAGACGACCAUUUUUAUGAGCCGGUACUGAGUUGUCGUAACAACAUUGGAGGAAACCCCAUAGUGGCUUUUAGGAAAGACACCACUGAAUAUGCAGAGGCGUAGCGAGAAUAACAUGUGCACGUCCCUUAAUCGACGUCAUCCCCCAUUCCCUUUUCCAGAAAUAACACCUAGUACUACAGGCUUAUAUAUUAUACAUAUUAAAAGAAUGAUUUACUUAACACCAAAUUUCUGCAUUAGGCUAUUCAUGUAUUACUAAAGCCACUUGCUACAUUCGCUUUUUACUAAACACAAUUAUUUUUUUAAAGUGAUCAAUGCUACGCUGUUCUUUAAAUUAAAGUUUAACGGAUUUGUAUAAAUCGAAUUUUUAAAUUUAAUUUCCAUACGGUGGCAGGAUUUAUUGCAAGGAUUGCUAAUCUACAAAGAAUUCUUUAUCAUUCUAAAAUGUGUCCCUCUACAUAGACUUUUAAAAUGCUCUACUUUAAGAUGGUAGGCCUACAAAUGUUAGGAACAUUUUUCUUACAUUUCUAUUUUCAUUUUAUUUUACAAAUGUAGUCAUUUUAAAGGUUUGGAAAUAUUAAAAGCUAUUUAUUCCUACUGCCACAAUAUAAAAAAAAACUUAUUCAACUUUUGGGAUCCACAAUUGGAAAUAAAAGAUUUAAACAAAUAAUUAUUAGUUACGUUUAUCUGGUUUGACUUUAGUCGUUUGACAUAGAUAAAAGAUGUUUAAAAGUCUAGAAAUGUUAAUAUUAAUUCUACCAAGAACAAAUGAUUUAAACAACAUGGACGUUAACUGUGAAGAUUUCACUUUAAUUUUAGAACGUAUUUCUUUAACAAACUAAAAUGUUAUUUAACUAUUGUUAGACCAAUAAUAGAAUAUUAAUUCUCUAACCUCAACUCAAGAAAAAAAUCACU